AUGAUUCUUAAACUGAUAUCCAUUUUCUUCCUGAUAUUCAGUUUACUUGGUAUGGUUCCAAAAACUGAAACAGGAGUAGUAACAGCAUCUGUCUUGUAUUACACAUCCAUGAGUCUUUGUACUAUGGAUACUGGAACCUUUGCCGGUUUCAUGAGUGCUGGCCUGGCUACUACUACCAGUAUAAUUUAUGGUACAGCAGAUGAUGCAAUUCUUUCUGGUCCAUGA